AAGAAAGUUCUUGAAGCUAUUCACAACAUUUUCCAAAUUGAAAGGAUUGAUGAUAAACUGUUCAUUAAAAAUACGCAACCAACAUGCCAGCAAAGGAUUGCACCUAUUAUUAAUUCAUCUCCACCUCUUUUAUUAUGGAUCGAGCAAAUAAUAGAAAUUUGGUUACCUAUAGCGGAUUUGAAUAAAUUAAUAUCUAAUCUUGGACGUAUCAAAAACAAUAAAGGUGUGGUUUUAAAAGGAAAUGUUUGCAAAAGAAGUGGUUAUAUACGGAUUGACUUAAGCAUUAAUAGUAUUUAUACAUCAACUGGCGUCCAUAUCUUAGUUGCACAAGCCUUCAUCUCUAACCCAGAAAAUAAGCUUUACGUUAACCACAUUAACAGCAUCAAACAUGAUAAUCGGGCUGUUAAUUUAGAAUGGGUAACUUCUAAGGAGAAUGCAGAACAUAAAAUAUUUUUGAAUCGUGGUCAUAGUAGUUCUAGGCGUAUCGUGCAAGAAAUAUUAGAUGGAAAUGUUAUUUGGAUUUGGAAUUCUAUUCACCUUGCUGGUAAUACUCUUAAAGUUCUUGAAAAUAAAAUUUCAGAAUGUUGUAACAGAAAACAAGAUACUGCUGGCGGUUGGUGCUGGACAUAUUAUGAAAAUUACAUAGAACCAGAUUCCAAUGAAGAAUAG